AUGUCAAGCAAGUCGGCUCUCAAGGAAGUGCGAACGGCGCUCGACUCAAAAGAUUUCGAGCUUGCUGCCGAAAAGGCCAAAGAUCUGGUCAAAGAGCAGCCGCAAAACUAUCAUGCGAAUGUCUUUCUGGGUCUGGCACAAGAUAAAUUGAACCAUUUCCUUGAAGCCGAAAGAGCAUAUCUCGCAGCCACUCGCAUUAAAGGUGACGACAAACCGGCGUGGCAGGGACUCAUUAGCCUAUACGAGAAACAAGGGAACCAAAAGCUAGAACAAUAUAGGGAGGCGGUCAUAAACCUCGCGCAGGUGUUUGCUGAUCUAGAUGAUAAACACCGGUGUCAAGAUGCCUUGGACAAAUAUGUCGCAUUCACAAAGAAGAAUGGAACUCGCUUGCAGUACAAGAGAGCCCUCGAGCUGCACUUACCCACCAGCCCUCUCUACAGUUACCUUGAAGGUCGCAUCCCCAACCCCUCGCAUACCUAUUCGCGUCUCAUAGAAAUAACGGAAGCGGAGGAGAGGGAGUUCAUAAAUCGGGAAAUUGGGGAACGGAGAACUAGACUCGGUUCUCGAAUUGACCAAGUUACGCUCGAAGUAAAACGAGAAGCCUACAAGCGGAGUGAACUGGAACAGUUAUAUCGUGGAAUCGUGAACUGGUCGCACGAUGAUGAAGUCCGGCGCACAUAUGAGGAAAAGUUGCUACAGAGGGCCUAUGAUACGCUUGUUGUCCUCUCCACGAAUGAAAAGGAUGCGAAGAGGGAGGAGGUGUUGCAAGCCGCUCGUGAUAUGGUUAUCAUAAAACACCCAUUUGAACUCGCUUGGAAGAUUGUACUGGAGUGGCAAGAUAUCGAGGACUUUUCCCAGUGGGACCGUGGGUUCCUUGAAGACUUCAUCGAAUUUUUUCCUGAAGAUGAUCUUUCCAAGGUUCUCAAGGGCUUCUUGGGAAGCGAAAUCUCCCCAUUUCCUCCUAAGGAAUCGGCUAAACCGGGCGAGAAAGAAAGUGAAAAAGCCGAGAAUGGAAAUGGAGAGAACAACGAAUUGGCAGCCCAGGAUCGUCUUAUAUUGAUGGUGGAGGGCCUCGAAAUGUCUUCAACGUCGAUUGUCUCCCACAGAAUUAUGGGCGAACUGUAUCAAUUCCUCGAGGAAUACGAAAGCGUCGUCGAUGUCUGCCGUAAAGGGCUUCAUAAUCUACACGACGUCAUCAAAAGAACAGGAAUAACCCUCCAGAACACCGCAGAUGCUCUAAACAUAGCUCUUGCAAACUCCCUUAUUCACUACCAAUCUCCACGACAUCACCCCGAGGCCCAUAGGCUUUUCCACGAUAUCCUGCAAAGACGCCCUACGUCGACCAGCUGUCUCCUUGGAAUUGGCCUUAUUCUGAAGGUCGACGAAGACUACCCGGAAGCAGUCAAUUUUCUGGAGCGUGCGUUGAAACGGGACCUUGGAAACCUUAAGGUCCGUGGUGAACUGUCUUGGUGUAAAGCGCUGAAUGGGGAUCUUCCGUCGGGUCUUUCAGGGCUGCAAGAUGUGCUCGAUGAGCUGCAAAGCUCGCAGCACGAGAGCCGGGAAUUCAAGGGAGAGAUACUCUAUCGUAUUGGAUACUGUCAAUGGGAGAUUGAUCCAUCAUCUUCCGCGCGCAAAAAUCGGAAUGGCGCCUAUGCCAGUUUUCUCGCUUCGAUCCAAGCUAGUAUAAACUUUGCACCAGCUUAUACUAGUUUGGGUCUAUACUAUGCCGACUAUAAGAAGGACAAGACAAGAGCACGAAGAUGCUUUCACAAAGCUUUCGAACUAUCGCCAUCCGAGAUCCUAGCCGCUGAGAGGUUGGCACGAACAUUUGCGGACCAAAAGGAGUGGGACCUUGUCGAGGCUGUCUCACAACGUGUUGUUGACUCCGGAAAAGCCAAACCUGCGCCAGGAUCGAAAAGAAAGGGCUACAGUUGGCCGUAUGCAGCUUUAGGUACCGUUCAGAUCAACAAGCAGCAGUACCCAAAGAGUAUAGUUUCCUUCCAGGCCGCUCUAAGAAUCUCGCCAAGCGAUUAUCAUUCGUGGGUUGGCUUAGGUGAGAGUUAUCAUAAUUCCGGAAGAUACAUCGCUGCCACAAAAGCUUUCGACCAUGCUCAGGAGUUGGAAUCUACAUUGUCAAAAGCCGAAAAGGAACAGAUUUGGUUUGCUCGAUACAUGCUGGCGAAUGUUAAGCGAGAGCUCGGUGAAUAUGACGAUGCUAUCGCGAGAUAUGAAGAGGUGUUGAAGAUCCGACCCAAUGAGCUCGGCAUCACGAUAGCAUUACUUCAGACACUCACGGAGAAUUCCUGGAAGUGCCUAGAAUCGGGACUUUUCAAUGAUUGCGCUGAGCUGGCUAGAAGGGUCAUCAUACUGGCCAAAUCGCUCGCUACUGAACGAGUUGACAUUUUCAAUCUAUGGAAGGGGGUAGGUGAUGCGAGCGCGAUAUUUUCAUAUGUCAAAUCAAAAGCAGGCAAACUUCCGAUGAAGGAAGUCCGGGGCCUGCUCACCACUCAACUCGAACCUUCCGCCCUAGACAUUCUAACAGAUGUGGACGGUGUAGGAGAGGCCUAUUUAGGAGCGCCAGAGGGUGAGAAAGAUUUUUCUACCCUAGCCAACGAAUGCAUGUACGCCUCGAUCCUGGCGUACAAGCGUGCUAUACAUGUCUCGCUGCAAGACGUCCAUGCACAGGCAGUGUCAUGGUAUAACCUUGGAUGGGCGGAAUACAGAGCCUUUGGAUGCAUAAGAAUGAAUGGCGAGAAGAAGAAGCAAGCUCGCAAGUUCUUAAAGGCAGCAAUGAGGUGCUUCAAGAGAGCCAUUGAACUAGAGGCUGGUAAUUCUGAGUUUUGGAAUGCGCUUGGGGUGGUGACUACAAGCAUGAGCCCGAGAGUUGCGCAACACGCAUUCGUCAGAAGUUUGCACCUUAAUGACCGGAGCGCACAAGUCUGGACCAACUUGGGAACACUGUAUCUCAUUCAUAACGAUACCCAACUAUCCAACGAAGCGUUUACUCGCGCACAAUCGACGGAUCCCGAUUAUUCGCAGGCGUGGGUUGGUCAAGGUUUCCUAGCUUUUCUGUACGGUGAUUCACGAGAGGCUAGAGGGCUGUUCGAACACGCUUUCGAUAUCUCUCGGUCGUCAUCGAAACUGCCGAAACAGCAGUAUACCUUGACCUUGUUCGACCACCUUGUCGCGGAUCCUUUAGCGUCAAAUGAGGUCUCGCAACUCAUCCAACCACUUUUCACACUUUAUCAGCUCACUAGCCAGGACCCGUCUGAUUUACCCUUUGUUCACUUAUUUUCUCUCCUAGCUGAGAGAAUCGGCGAGUUCUCAGAUGCUGAGUCCAGCCUAAGAAGCCUUAGUGCUCAUGUCGAGGCUGAAUAUGAGCAUUCUGAAUCGGCGUCUUCGCUUUCUAAGUUCACGCAAGCAAACGCUGACAUCGCCCGUGUUCUACUAGCACGCCAUGAAUACGAAGAAGCCGCAGAGAAGGCAGAAACUGCGCUUAUGCUGUCGGGAGAGGAGGACGCCGAGAAAUUUGAGCCUGAGCUGUACAAGAAUCUGCGCCUGUCGGCACAUUUGACCGCUGGUCUUGCGCACUACUACAUGCGAGCUAUGGACAAUGCAAUCGACAUGUUCCGCGAUGCCCUCCAAGAGGCGGAUAAUGCGCCAGAUGUCGUUUGUCUUCUUGCACAGGUACUAUGGGCGAAGGGUGGAGAAGAGGAAAGGACCGUUGCUCGACAGCAGUUGUUUGAAUGCGUUGAGAGCCACCCAGAUCAUGUUGGAGCAGUUACACUCCUAGGAGCAAUUGCGCUCCUUGAUGACGACAAGGACGUCAUAGAGGCCGUUGAGUCUGACCUCCAGAACAUGAUCACCAGAGACGAUAUUGGGAUCCAUGAAAGGGCUAGGCUAGUCAAGCUCUCGACUGCGAUAUCCUCGUGUAUUGCGGAUGAUUCGGGCGUUCCGGAUGAAACGAGACGCAUCGGAGAGGCCGCAGCGGCGGUCAUGAGGGCGCCUUACGACCCUCAAGGCUGGAUGGAGUUGUCGUCAGCCGCCCAGGAAUCGUACCCUGCGGAGAUGGGUGUGAAGACAGCCCUACGGAGCGUUCCUCCUCGGAGCAAUCUCGAUGCUACCGAUUUAUCUGCCGCGUAUUCACAAACCGGAAAGGCCAGCGAUGCCUUGAGGGCAAUCAUGGUCGCACCAUGGAUGCAGGGCGGCUGGCAGGAGCUAAGCCAUGUAGUUUCAUCUACCACCUAG